UUCCUAAUCUAUAACGGUCAGCCCAGCCCGCAACUAGGUCCGUACUCGGCCACGUCUCGCUGCCUCUCCAUCCGCUUCUGUCCCCUUCCCUUCCCUCCCCUCCCCGGCCGCUACCACCAAACCGACGCGGCACAGAUCCCCGAACCCAACCCGAACUGUCGCCUACGCCACGCUCCACUCCACGAUGGCCGAGCAGGAGCCGCCCGCAGGGAUCGACCCGCGCAGCGGCUUCUGCGCGGCGACGAGGACCUUCCACAGCCUCCGCCCGGCCGCGGCCCUCCCGCCGGAGUCGCUCCCCGCCACAGCGGCCGCCUACGCCUUCUCCCUCCUCUCCUCCCCGCUACCCGACCGCCCGGCGCUCGUCGACGCCGCCACCGGCAUUGCCGUCUCCUACCCCUCCUUCCUCGCCGCCGUCCGCUCCCUCGCCGGGGGCCUCUGGUCCAAACUUGACCUGCGCCCCGGGGACGUUGCGCUCAUCGUCGCGCCAUCCCAGCUCGACGUCCCCGUGCUUGACUUCGCGCUCAUGUCCAUCGGCGCCGUCGUUUCGCCCGCUAAUCCGGCAUCCACCGCCGAGGAGUACGCGCACCAGGUCGCGCUCUCCAGGCCGGUCGUCGCGUUCGCGGUCCCUGAGGUGGCCGCCAAGCUGCCCCGACAUCUGAGGUGCGUGGUCAUCGGAUCGGAUGAGUAUAAAAGGCUGUCCACUGGAGGCGCGGCGGCGCCUCCGGUGGUGGCGGUGAAGCAGUCGGACACGGCGGCUGUGCUGUACUCCUCGGGCACGACCGGGCGGGUGAAGGCCGUGGCGGUCACGCACCGCAACCUCAUCGCCCUGAUCUGCGCGCACAGAGAGAACCGGGAGAAGGUGGCGAAGGAGGCCACCGAGGUGGGCGAGCAGCCGCCCCCACCAGCGGUUACGCUGUUCCCUCUGCCCCUCUUCCACGUGUUCGGGUUCAUGAUGCUACUGAGGUCCGUGGCCAUGGGGGAAACUACCGUCCUCAUGGAGCGGUUCGACUUCGGCGCCGUGCUGCGCGCCGUGGAGCGGUACCGCGUGACGCUGCUGCCCGCGGCGCCCCCGGUGCUGGUGGCGAUGACCAAGUCGGAGGAGGCGCGCCGCCGCGACCUCUCGUCGCUUCUUGUCAUCGGCAUCGGCGGCGCCCCACUGGGCCGCGAGGUUGCGGAGCGCUUCGCCGCCAUCUUCCCCAACAUCGAGAUCGUGCAGGGCUACGGCUUGACGGAGUCGUCGGGGUCGGUGGCCGCGACGGUCGGGCCGGAGGAGUCCAAGGCGUACGGUUCGGUCGGGAAGCUUGCCUCGCACAUGGAGGCGAAGAUUGUCGACCCGGCCACCGGAGAGGCGCUCGGUGCGGGUCAGCGCGGCGAGCUCUGGGUCCGAGGACCAGUCGUCAUGAAAGGUUAUGUGGGUGACAACGAGGCGACUGCGGCAACAAUUGAUUCAGAAGGCUGGUUGAAAACCGGUGACCUGUGCUACUUCAAUGAAGAUGGUUUUCUCUACAUCGUUGAUCGAUUAAAGGAGCUGAUAAAGUACAAGGGAUAUCAGGUGCCUCCAGCUGAACUUGAGCAUAUCCUACAUUCUCAUCCUGAAAUCGUUGAUGCUGCAGUUAUCCCAUAUCCAGAUGAAGAUGUUGGGCAGCUACCAAUGGCUUUAAUAGUGAGGAAACCAGGCUCAAACCUUACUGGCCAACAAGUCAUGGAUUACGUGGCUAAACAUGUCGCGCCGUACAAGAAAGUCCGUCGAGUGGCCUUCGUCAGUGCGAUACCGAAAUCGCCUGCCGGGAAGAUCUUGCGGCGGGAGCUUGUGCAGCAGGCCCUGUCCAUGGGUGGCUCCAAGCUUUGAGGUGAAUGUUGAUGCGGAAUCUAGGAGGAAUUUCUUUGUUGUAUAUACUAGACCGGGGUAUGUACACUGCUGGGAUUUUCAGUUUGGUUCCGCUAUUUUGAGAUGAAUGGUUUCAUGUAAACACUGGAUAUUUUCCGCGCAAAACAAGUAUGCAACGGACGACUGAGUGGGAUAUAUUGUUCAUUUCAGUAAGGAAUUUUCAUCUAAGGUCGCCCAGAAA